AUUGGAACAGCCAUCUCGGAAACACCCUUUAAUUUGCGGUUCUUCUGUAAAACAGCAUUUGACAGAUUGACGCAUAGAAAAAAAACGACAUGCUUAUAACAAGUAGGCUUAUAGACCUACUAGGACUCUCCUACCUGUUAGCCUAGGCUACCUGUUUGUUAGCAUACCUGUUAGCCUGGCAUACCUGUUGGCCUAGCCUACGUGCAUGUUAGCAUACCUGUUGGCCUAGCCUACUUGCUUGUUAGCAUACCUGUUGGCCCAAGUCUACUUGCAUUUUUACACUACCUGCUUGUUAGCCUACCUGUUGGCCUUUUCUACCUGCAUGUUGUCCAAGUCUACCUGCUUAUUAGCCUACCUGCUUGUUAGCCUAGCCUGCCUGCUUGUUAGCCUUGUCUACCUGCUUGUUAGCCUAGUCUAUCUGCUUGUUGGCCUAGCCUACCUGCUUGUUAGCCUAGCCAACAGCCUACCUGUUGGCCUAACCUACUUGCAUGUUGGCCAAGUCUACCUACCUGCUAGCCUAGCCUACCUGUUAGCUCAGACUGUGACCUGAUGGAGAAUAUCCACACAUGAUCUUUAGUUCAUAGUUCAUAUCAUUAGUUUAUUGGAUUUGAAAGGUCUCACCAGAACCCAUGAUUAUUGCCUACAAUUACCUUAUAAUAUUGACUAUCACUCAGUGAAUAUGAAUUACCUCUCUUAACAAGGUCACAAAUAAUUUGCAGUUAACAUUUGCAUCAAUUAAUUUAGGCUAAUAUUUCCCCUUUUGCUUGUUGACAUAGUUUCCAUCUCUUACUAAGAAGUUGAGAGUUCCUGAUCUGUGAAUGGUUGUCUUUACUCGGUGUAUUUACUCAGUCAAACCUAUGACCGAGCAGCUAAAGGAAAAUAAACACAAUUGUCUGUCCGACUGUUGCCACGUUCAUGUGCUAUUCGAAAAUACAAAUCUAGGAAAUGUCCGACUUGUUAAUAGGUUGAACGCGCGGCACGUGUAUAUGUACAACAGGUUAGCAAGUCGGACAUUUCCGAGUUUCGUAGUUUCCGACGAGUACUUGAACGCGGCACGUAUCCACACCCCUGUUACUUGUUCUACAUUUCUGCUUGGAGGAAGUGGCCCCUUUCCUCACCCUGUCGCUCUUUACCGCGGGGAUACAAAAUUACUAACAAACUAUUCUGUUGAGUGAAAAUUAGGCAAUUGUCGUCCUAGAAAAUUGAGAAAUCGUCUCUGCAGAAUAGCACGUACGUUGUAACAACAUAGUUGUAAGAAGAUACGCCAGAGUGGAUCGUUUUGAGCUGGAGUAGCUCCGUCUGCUUUGUUUACAUUGGGAUUGUUUUGAUGCGGGGUGUUUUCCACGGUGACGUUUUUUGCGUGGAAAACAACUGUAAAUCCUGCAACGAUGGCAAUGCAGGCCCAGGUGAUGUAUGACUUCAGUGCCGAACCAGGAAAUAACGAGUUGACAGUCAAAGAAGGAGAGACUGUCACCGUCCUCAAUCAGAAUGUUGGUGGAGGAUGGAUAGAGGCUCAGAACUCCAGAGGAGAAAGUGGGCUGGUGCCAGAAGACUACUUACAGGUUGGUGCGGUGUCAUCCACAACACCAGAGACAACUACCUAUCCGGAUGCCUACAGCCCCGAGUCCAGCAACAGCACAAACACUCAGGUUGCUAACGGUGACAACCCUUGGUCUGGGGGAGGAACUUACACCAACAAGACAGCCGGGGGAUGGGACACCCAGGGAUACGCGCAGACUCAACAGAAUGCAGGUGAUGAUGACGAUGAUGGUGAGUGGGAUGAAGAGUGGGAUGAUGCCAGAUCAACAGGGGGUUAUGGAGAAACUACAGGGGAGGAGGAAGGAGAGGCGACAGGCCGCAACACACACACACACAUGAAGAUAUCCCUCAACAAGUUUGCGUUCUCUAAGAUCCCCAACCCAGAGGUGUACCUCCUGGCUAAACUACCACCCAAAGGCAAAGACAGACUGGCCAUCUAUAUGGGAGAUGUGGGGCCAGUGUGGCUGUAUCCCCAGUCUCCUCUUGACUGUGUCGUGGCUGAUCCUAAAAAGGGCUCUAAGAUGUAUGGGCUGAAGAGUUACAUAGAAUAUCAGGUCACACCCAACACAACCAACAGACCUGUCAAUCACAGGUAUAAGCAUUUUGAUUGGCUGUAUGAGCGCCUGUUGGAGAAGUUUGGUUCCGCCAUCCCCAUCCCCUCGCUGCCUGACAAACAAGUCACAGGUCGUUUUGAGGAGGAGUUUAUCAAGAUGAGGAUGGAGAGACUGCAGGGCUGGAUGUGUCGUAUGUGUCGACAUCCCGUCGUCUCCAACAGUGACGUCUUCCAACUCUUCCUCACAUACAGAGACGAGAAGGAGUGGAAGACCGGGAAGAGGAGAGCAGAGAAGGAUGAGUGUGUUGGACCAAUGGUCUUCUCCCUCAUCGACCCUGAAGCUCCUGAGUUAGACAUAAUAGAAGUGGAGCAGAAGUGUGAGUUGUUCAGUAGGUUCACUAAAGAGAUGGAUGAUGGAGUUAAAGACCUGCUGAACGUUGGGAACAUACACUGGAAACGCUGCACAGGCCCUCUGCGUAAGGAGUACCAGAAGAUUGGGAAAGCCUUUCAGAACCUGUCAUCUGUCUUCAACACCAGUGGCUAUACAGGAGAGGCCACACUCACAGAUGCUCUCACAGCUGCAGGGAAAACAUACGAGGAGAUCUCACAGAUCGUAGCUGAGCAGCCCAGAAAAGACCUUCACUUCCUGAUGGAAACCAACAACGAAUACAAAGGGCUACUAGGCUGCUUCCCUGAUACUAUCGGAGUACACAAGGCGGCUAUAGAGAAGGUGAGGGAAGGGGACAAGAUGGUGGCAGCAGGGAAGAUCAACACACAGGAUAAAGGGACCAUGGCCAAACGCAUCAGCAUCAUGUGCUACUCACUACAAGGUAACACACACACACACACACACACGUUCACCUGUGUAACACAACCUCUUACCUGCCAUCUGUGUUUCCAUACAGCUGAGAUGAACCACUUCCAUAGCAACCGUAUCUAUGACUACAACAGAGUCAUGCAGCUCUACCUGGAAGAACAGAUCAGGUUCUAUGAAACGAUUGCUGAGAAGCUGAAGCAAACCCUGGGCCAGUUUACCACCAUGUAAAGGGAAACAAACACACAAAUCUUGUUCUUCUCCUUUCUGCUUCGUGGACCAACAACCUUAAACAGGAUGGACUGGUGUCUGGAUGAUGUAGUUGGAAGACAGUAUCACCCUGUGCCUUUUAACUACACAAGGAGUUAAACAUAACGAUGUUAUAUUUUAAUAUCACAGUGCAGAACAAUAUGUUAAAUGUUGUUUCAUAACUAAUUAUGCCAGAUCUCUUUUAUUUAUAAUAUAGAUAUAUGAAAUGGUUGUAUUUCCUGUUUAUUUUGGUUGGAUGUUUUCGCUUUGUCUUAUUGUUCUUAUUCUGGAUAAUGUGAUUUAGAGAGGGGAGAUAGAGACAGAGGGGACAGAGAGACAGAGGGGAGAGAGAGACAGAGGGGAGAGAGAGACAGAGGGGAGAGAGAGACAGAGGGGAGAGAGAG